GGCCCCGGCUUACGCUACCCUAUCACGGUCUCGCGACUCCAUAGAAGGACAGGUGAAAAGGUCAAGAGACAGGAAGCCCUCCUACAAUACACAUUCAAGUUCAAGCGCACUAUUGGCGACCCUGACCUCGGCGAGGAGCGUGAAAUCGAGGAGACUGGGUACGGCGACUGGGACUGUCCGUCAGACGGCACUGUCAACAAGUGGCAUGUUGCCGAGGGCGACGUCGUCAGUCGCGACCAGCUUCUCGUGGUGAUCGACGAACCAUGCUCCCACGAUACACAGUUCGCCGGGCUUUGCACGAAGUGCGGCAAAGACAUGACCGAGUCCAAUUGGGCCGCAGAGGGGCUCGACGUUGAUCGUGCAACCAUCUCCAUGGUGCACGACAAUGUCGCCCUCAAAGUCAGUGCGAGCGAAGCCGAGAAGAAAGAGGUGGAGCUUCAAGAGCGACUUCUCAAGCAGCGCAAGCUCAGUUUGGUGGUCGAUUUGGAUCAGACCGUCAUCCAUGCCUGUGUCGAGCCUACAAUCGGAGAGUGGCAGCGUGACCCGACAAAUCCCAAUCACGAAUCCGUAAAGCAGGUGCGCAGCUUCCAGCUUGAUGAUGGGCCGAAACAUGACAAUGCCCCGAAAUGCUCAUACUACAUCAAACUACGACCAGGCCUGGAAGAGUUCCUCGAGAGACUUUCGGAGCUGUAUGAGAUGCAUGUUUACACCAUGGGCACUCGGGCAUAUGCACAAGAGAUUGCCAAGAUCAUUGACCCCGAGAUGAAGUACUUUGGCAACCGGAUCAUUAGCCGCGACGAGAACGGGAGCAUGGCAGCCAAGAGAUUACAGCGACUCUUCCCCGUUAGCACGCACAUGGUGGUCGUCAUUGAUGAUCGCGCUGAUGUUUGGCCUAUGAACCGAUCCAAUCUGAUCAAGGUCACGCCGUACGACUUCUUCAGGGGUAUCGGUGAUAUAAAUUCCAGCUUUCUGCCCAAACGAGAGGACGUCCUCGCUCCUGCGCCAAAUCCUGUCACACUUCCUCCUAACGGCAGUUCUUCGAGCAAUCCGAAUGCGCCUGGCCACGCCAACAAUAUACUUGAACAUGAAAGAGCUGCUGCCGCUGCAUCAGACGACGAGAACGCACUACUUCAGUUACAGGCAGAAGAGCAGGAACGCACACUUGAGAAGCAAUUGACCGAGCGACCCCUUCUGCACUUGCAAGAAGAGUUAGAGAAAGAAGAGGCAGCUGAUGCCGGAGCUACUCCUACACCAGAAAUAGCGCAAACCACGGAGCAAAAUGGCCAUUCUGAAAGUCCCUCGACUCGCCACAAUCUCCUCCGCGACGACGACGAAGAAUUGAAAUACCUCGAGGAGCACCUCACCCAACUACACCGAAACUUUUACACCCAACACGAGUCCCGCGUCGCAGCCCAGAUAAAGGAGACCGGCUCGGACGUCAUCACUGCAGACACUAUUCCAGAUGUUGGCAAGUUGCUUGAGUGGAUCAAGAAGCGCGUUCUGCGGGGUUGCAGCAUCGUCCUCAGUGGUUUAGUCCCGCAAGGUAUAGAUGUUGAACGCUCAGAGAUUGGUCUACAGAUUCAGAGCUUUGGUGGCGAGAUCCGGGACAAAAUCAGCAAGAACGUCACACAUCUCGUUAUCAGUAGCUUAAGACCUCGAACCCAAAAGGUUCGCCAAGCUGCACGGAUUCCAAGCAUCAAGAUAGUCAACCAGGAUUGGUUAGCCGGCACUCUUGCACAGUGGACACAGCUUGAUGUGGAGCCGUUCCUCGCGCAAAUACAUCCGGCAGACCGCGUCAGCCACACCCCCGUCGAGGCAGAUGGCAGGGAAAGCGAGAGCGCAAGUCUCCCCAUACCUGAGGACCCAGUAGACGGAGACAAUGGUGAUGAUGAUGGCACUGAAGAGUCGGGAGGCGAUGACGGAUCCGACGAAGAUGAGGACGAUGAAGUCCAAGAUGUGUACGGUGUUAUGCCUGCUGAACCAGAAGAUGGCUCGACGAGUCCCGUUGAUGAUCUCAAGAACAUGGAUUGGGGCGAGCUGGACGCAGAGUUUGAGGAGUUCAUGGGCUCUGAUGCUGGUACUGACUCAGACGGACAAUCUGAAUUUGACGAU